GAGCCAUCAGUACCCUUUCAACCGCCGCGCUCCGCCGCUACCCGCCACCGUCAAAAACCUCAAGUUGCAAUUGUUCAGCCUUUCCUGCACCGCCGACGAGAACCCUUUUCUCCUCCGUGGACUCCCAACCACCUCGAGCUCUUCAGCACUACCAAAUCCGAGGCAAUUGUGGAAAACUAUAAAUCUUAGGUUCCUUUAUGGUCUUAAAUGAUAUCGGUGAAAAUGGUGCUUCUUGAUAGUGGCUGUUAUUUUGGCUGGGUGUGCCCAUCUUUAUUGUUUAAAAACUUAGCAUGUCAUUACAAUAUCUAAGGUCUUAUUUUCUUCUAAAAGAUGCCUGAUAUUGUAAGCAUUGUGAAAGAGAAUUCUGAAAAUGGCACCGACUCUUCUCAAGAUGAUGUUGGUGCCAUUGAGGAGAUGCCUGAGGAUACUAUUUUGUCACGCCAAACAUCCGUGAACCUUGUCCCAUUCAUUGGCCAGCGGUUUGUCUCACAAGAUGCUGCCUAUGAAUUUUAUUGUAGUUUUGCAAAGCAAUAUGGCUUCUCUAUCAGGCGUCAUCGCACCCGUGGAAAAGAUGGUGUGGGAAGGGGAGUUACAAGAAGGGAUUUUGCCUGCCAUCGGGGUGGGUUUCCUCAGUUAAAACCCUCUGAGGAUGGAAAAUUACAAAGGAAUCGAAAAUCAUCCCGCUGUGGAUGUCAAGCUUAUAUGAGGAUAGUUAAAAGAAUGGACUUUGAUGUCCCUGAAUGGCGUAUAACUGGUUUUAACAAUGUCCACAACCAUGAACUCUUGAAAUCAAAUGAGGUGCAGCUGCUACCAGCCUACUGCAUGAUAUCUGCUGAUGAUAAAAGUCGUAUUUGCAUGUUUGCUAAAGCUGGGAUGUCAGUCAGACAAAUGCUACGGUUAAUGGAGUUAGAAAAGGGUGUUAAAAUUGGUUGUCUUCCAUUCACUGAGAUUGAUGUGAGGAACUUGCUGCAAUCCAUCAGAAAUGUGGAUCAUGACAAUGACCCCAUUGACCUUCUCAAGUUAUGCAAGGAGAAGAAAGACAAAGAUCCAAACUUCAAAUAUAACUUUAAGAUAGAUGCUAGCAACAGGUUAGAGAACAUUGCAUGGUCAUAUGCUUCAUGUAUUAGGUUGUAUGAUGCUUUUGGAGAUGUCUUAGUAUUUGACACGACUCACCGCUUGGAUGCUUAUGAUAUGCUUCUUGGGAUCUGGAUUGGAGUGGGCAAUCAUGGAAAGACUUGCUUGUUUGGUUGUGCACUUCUUCGAGAUGAAAACAUGCAAUCUUUCUCAUGGGCUUUGAAGACAUUUUUGAGCUUCAUGAAUGGUAAAGCUCCGGGGACCAUUUUGACUGACCAAAACAUGUGGCUUAAAGAAGCGCUGGCCGCUGAAAUGCCAAGGACCAAGCAUGCAUUCUGCAUCUGGCAUAUCAUCUCAAAAUUUUCUGACUGGUUCUCCACCUUACUUGCAUCACAGUAUGACAAGUGGAAAUCUGAGUUCCUUCGGCUUUAUAAUUUGCAUUCGGUUGAUGAAUUUGAAGUAGGAUGGAGACAAAUGAUGGACAGUUAUGGACUCCAUGGAAAUAAGCACGCAGUCAGUUUGUAUGCCUUGCGUAUGUUCUGGGCACUGCCAUACUUGAGAACUUACUUCUUUGCAGGGAUGACAAAUACAAUACAUUCAGAGUCGAUAAAUUCCUAUAUCCAACGAUUUCUCAGUGCACAAUCUGCAGUUGACAAUUUUGUGGAGCAGGUUGGAGCAGUUGUAGAUGCUAAAGAUCAACCAGGUGGAAAACAAAAGAUGCAGCAGAAGGUGCAGAAAGGUUUGCUUAUAACAGGUUCCCCAAUUGAGUUGCAUGCUGCCAAUAUUCUCACACCAUAUGCCUUCAACAAACUACAAGAGGAACUUGUCUUAGCACCACAAUAUGCAUCCCUUAUGGUAGAUGAGAGUUACUUCAUUGUCAGACACCAUACCGAAAUGGAUGGAGGGUGCAAGGUUUUAUGGGCUCCCCAUGAUGAGUUCAUUAGCUGUAGCUGCCACCAUUUCGAGUUCACAGGCAUCCUAUGCAGACAUGUUCUCCGUGUUCUGUCAACAAACAACUGUUUUCAUAUUCCUGAUCAGUAUUUGCCCCUGCGAUGGCGUGAAGUCCUAUCAGCAUCUUCAAAGGCCCCUUCUUCCUCAUCAGGGGACCAUCCGGGAAAGCUCCAUUUGUUUCAGUCGUUGAUUUCAACACUUAUUGCAGAAUCAAUUGAGACAGACGAACGCCUUGAUGUUGCUUGUGAGCAAGUUGAUUUUAUUUUGGCACGGAUCAAGGAAUUACCGGGACCAUCGAGUGGUACUAAAGAAAUCCCUUGUGACAGCCCUUCCGACUCGCUUAUUCUUCCAGAAGUUGAAGAUUCUGACUGUGUGGCUCAAAGUUCUGCUUAUGAAUCUAUGAUAAAACUGAAAGAGAGAAGAUCCAGAGAUGGACUAGACUUUUACAGCAAGAGAAGACGAUGUUCAUUUUCUUGCUGUGGCCACUUUGGUCAUGAUGCCAAUGAUUGCCCUUUGAUGGGAAGUGAUGAUUUGAAUGGAGAUGGCCUAGGAUUUUUGUAGGUGAAAUGUCCAAAAAAUAAAAUAUAUGUAAUGAUAGUUUUUCCAGAAAAAAGUGUGAAGUUGGUUGUUCACACUAUUCAGUCUAAUGCACAAUUGGACACACGUUGCGCAAAAUUUGAACUUUGUACCUUCCAGGAUUAAAAAGUAACCACCUUCUAGGAUUAAAAAGUA